ACACACAACAGUGAGCUUGCUUGAUUCUUCUCGGAUUCUCAAGCUUCAAGUGUGGUUAACAGGCUCUUUCCUCUCUAAUGCAAAUGGACAUACAAAUGUUGGCCUAGGUUAUUUGAGUUUAAUUGCAGUCUACUUCCCAAAGUCCUAGAUUUGCCAUGUAAUAAAGCAUGUUGAAAACCUACUAUAGAAAGCAUCUAAAAGUUGGCUUGCCACUUUUAUUCUAAUCAGUGAAGGACAGGAUUAUUACAAUUUUUGUUGACUGUGACUACUUUACUUCUCUUGGUUGAUAGGUAUGCACGUCAAGCUAAGAUCCCAUUUUACAAAACGAUUUAUGUUGGACAUCCUACAAAGGAACCCGUGCGGUAUCAUCAGAGGUUAAACUCAAAAGACUACAAGGCCUUUUGUGGGCAGCCCGGAAUUAUUGAAAAGUUCAAAGCCUUUAGUGAAAAGUACGGGGCAAGUAUAAAGAACCUUGUAAGUGAAAUGAUUCAAACAGGGGGACUAGACUGUGUCACUGCUGUGGAUUCAAGUAGCUUUGGAGCAAUGGGAACCCCAUUGACGCGAGCAAGGGAGUUAAAGAGAAAGAGAGAGGGAGAACUGAAUGAGGCCCAUAGGGGAAAAAUGCCUGCAACUGCUUACACUACUCCAAGUCAUUCCCCAGUUGGGUUUAUGGCCGAGGCUCUUCAGAAAUCCAGUCGGUCAGCCACUGCACUGGCUACUGAAAGAUCUCUGUUCUCAACCAACCAAGGUACAAAAAUACAAUUAUUCGCACCUCCACCUCAUCAGGAGGUUGGACUAGGGAGCAAGCAAGAAGUUAGUGUGUGCGAUCUUGUGAAGCAAUAUGGGAAGUUCAAAGAUGCUAAAAGAAGACAGCAGGAAGCUGCAGCUGCUUCUAUUGAUGCUAACUGCAUAUUCAUGGAAAGGAAGAAAGAAGCUGACAACUGUAACAGAGAAGUGAAGGAGCUGGAGGAGGGGUUUGGCAAGCUCAAGGCUGAACUGGCGGAGAAGGGUAAGAUUUCGGGGAAUGCACUUGAGUUAGAGACGAUCGGUGCUGUGAUCCUUGGUUGGAAUUUGAUGAAGAAGCUGAUGCAGUCCUGGCCUACUGGUUCGGAGUUUCGAGACUUGCCUCUAUUGGACGCAAUUCAGCGCUAUCCUUCUCUACAAAAAGAGUUCAACGAAGGUCUGACUUUGAUAGGUCAGGGACAUCCCAUCGAUGACAAAGUUGAACCGGCUUGGCCACCGUAUCAAUUUGAAUCGGCUUGGCCACCGGAUCCAGUUGAACCAUCUGACUCAGAUUAACAAUCAACCUUCUUCUCAGAUUCUUUCUAGUAUGACAGCCCUCCAUGCUGUCAUUUACGUUACCACCCUCUCAGUGCAUCUCUGUCACCAAACCACUAUGUUAGGAACUGAGCAAAGGCAAAAAUCCCUAUGCGCAAUAGAGCACUACAGGAAAAUUAUACCAAAAUUUACAAGGUAUAGAAACAAUUCUCUCUCUAACUAAACAGACUUGAGUAAAUGUCACAACUCACA